GUGUGUUGGAGACACUUUCAGGUCACUUGCAGAGGAAGCAGUCAGGUGAAGAUCGUCACCGUCACACAGGUCCCCUUUCUUUGAAUAAAUUCUGACGUGUGCCUGGAAUGUGCUGAAUUGUCCUCCCACUCGAAUAAACACCCCAAAAAACCUCACACUCUCAGGAAAAAGCACACACAUCCGCUCUUCAUGGCACACCCGUAUGAGCCGUGGUUGCGCGCGGCGCCCCCUGGAGGCCCGGAGGAGGUGGGCAUGUCUGGUUGGUGGGAUCUUCACAGUGGAGCUGCAGGAGGCUGGAUGGACCUUCAAGGGUCAGCAGCACUUGGGGUCGGAGGCGGGUCCAUGGCUCAGGGCGGCCCCAUGGGCCUACAACCAGCAGUCAGCACUUACAACCCUGAGGCUCAGAUGUGCUGCCUGCCAUCCUCACCCCACGCUGGUCCGCUUUACCCCCCUGAUGGCUUCAAAAUGGAGCCACUGGCACCGGACAUGAUGCAUACUCCACAUCACUCCACCUCCUUUUCCCUGGAGGAGUCACAGGAGGGAGCGAGUGGUUCAGCUCGGCCCAAAUCACAGCGCCGGUCUGGAACCAGAGCUCCAGGUCAGACAGCCUGCCGCUGCCCAAACUGCCUUAGCGCAGAGUCUGUAGGAGCAAACAAUGAUGGAGAUGAUGCCAACAAGCGCAAACACCUUCACAACUGCCACAUCCCGGGCUGUGGGAAGGCCUACGUGAAAACGUCGCACCUGAAAGCCCACCUACGCUGGCACAGCGGUGACCGGCCCUUUGUCUGCAAUUGGCUGUUCUGUGGGAAACGCUUCACACGCUCAGACGAGCUGCAGCGCCACCUGCAGACGCACACCGGUGCAAAGCGAUUCAGCUGCAGUGUUUGUCCUCGUGUGUUCAUGCGCUCUGACCACCUGACAAAGCACAUGCGUGUUCACGAGGAGCAGGGAGGCACAGAAAACUCCUCACCUGCCUCCAUCAGUGACGGAGCUCUGACUACUAAUCCACCUACUGGGGCGGCACCGAACCUGCGACUGAAAAGUGAAAGCAGUGCAAGUGGAGACGAGACACCAGCAAAUAACACCUAACUGACUUAUCCCUGAAGCUAAUGCUGCACUGUAGCGUACUGCUCCUGCUAACGCUAAACUACACCUUGCUAAUUACUGCACUGUUAGCAUCAUCUGGUAAUGAAUCAGGGUGUUAGCAUUGUUAGCAUGAACUAACACUGGAUAAAUUAAGGUGUACUAGUCUGUUAACACAUUAAUUUCAUUAACUGCAACAUUAGCAUUAGAGCUGAUGUCACCUGAUUCAUUUCACAUGCUAACAUUUCCAACACUGCUAUAUCACUGAAUAAGGCACUAGAUGAUUUAAACAGUAUAUAUAUGUUUAGGGCUGUUAGCAUCAAAUGAUUAUCACUAGAUAAAACUGAGUGUUACUGGGGUGUUUUAGAUAGCAUUAACACAAACUGUUACUGAAUUAUCAACUGUAGAAUAUCAAUAAAUAGUUUGUGUCAGCAUGGUUGUUAGCUUUCUACACUGGUUUGCUAAUAGUAGGGAUAGCACAGUUAGCAUUAUCUGGUUAGGACUGAAUAUAAUUGUUGCAGUUAGCAUUAAGUUAGUAAUAAUAAAAUAAUCACUGUUUAAGAUUGCUCACAAACUUUAUCACUGAAUAAUAGUGAUUUGUUGUUACCACAGACUGUGUGAUAUUAUGUGGUGUUAGCAGCAUUAGCAUAGCCAGAGUGUCAUGAGUAACACGUAGUGCUGGUGAAUAUAACACAGUUAUUAGAGUUAACACUGUUUACAUUAGUGCUGCUAAUAAUAGUAAUUGCUGUUAGCACACACACACACAAACACACACACACAAACACACACACAGACAUACACACAAACACACACA